AUGUCGCGACCUAUCGAGAAUGGGAAGCUUCACUGCCUCCAGAUUGGUGUCCCGAUUACUGAUACGGAGACUACAUUUGCUCUACCGGAUCCAGAGGGCUACUCAGUCAUCGCAGAGUCAAUGAGUGGUGAGACAGAUACACAUGAGUAUUGGGGAUCAGCGAGGGAUCGUAUUCCGAGAUCACAGACGGACCCUCUUGAACCAGAUGGCUGGCCAUCACUCAAGGAUGAGGAAGAUUCGUUGGACCCUCGUGGGAAGCUUGUUACUGUCGAUCCUCACGAGAAUCUCUGCCUUAUCCGCUCCGGGCAAGUCUGGGGGAACAGUACACCAACAGAGAUCAAGUCAUACAACGCAGAGAUCAAACCAACCCUCGACAGCGGCAUGGAAGAACUCACUAAGAAAAGCCAGCAAUUUGGAUGCUUCUCCAACAGAUACAUGCGCAUAGAGGACGACGAUGGGAAUCCAGUGGGCAAGACGUGGAGCAUCAGUAUGUGGGAGUCGCUUGGACGUCUUGAGAAGUGGUCUCUUACGCCUAAGCACAAGGAGAUCUUUGGUACACAGAUCAAUCACUUUAAUCGGAUGGAGCGGGAGGGCGAGGUGGCUAAUCUGAAUCUCUGGCAUGAGCUUAUGGUGUUACGUAAGAAGGAUCAGUCAUUUAUGUAUUUUAACUGUCAUAAGAAAAUCGGGAUACUAUUGGCGAUUGACAACUAG